GCUAGCCCUUCCUCCCUCCCGGAGUCCAUGUGUCGUGCCUCUCCCGGUCGCACCUUACUGCUGGGUAUGAAGAGGUUGUCUGUGCUGCUGGUGGACUUCAGGAAAACAACGGGGCUGAGUGGAACUGUGAGAGGAGGAGAAGAGAAGAAAGGAUCAGAUUUGACUCAUCAAAGAGAAAAACCAGACUCAGAGGAACCAGAGCCAGGGAUGUCCAAACCAGCAAGAAGACACCAUUGUUCCCAGUGUGGAAAGGGUUGGAACCAGUUAAGUGAGCUUAAACGACAUGAGAGAAUACACAGAGGGGAGAAGCCUUACCACUGCUCCCAGUGUGGCAAGGGUGUUAACGAUUUGGGGAAGCUGAAACGACAUGAGAGAAUACACACAGGGGAGAAGCCUUACCACUGCUCCCAGUGUGGAAGGCGUUUUAAUGAUUUGGGGAAUCUGAAACGACAUGAGAGAAUACACAAAAGGCAGAAGCCUUACCACUGCUCCCAGUGUGGAAAGGGUUGUAAAGAUUUGGGGAUGCUGAAACGACACGAGAGCAUACACACAGGGGAGAAGCCUUACCACUGCUCCCAGUGUGGAAAGGGUUUUAAUGAUUUGGGGAGUCUGAAACGACAUGAGAGAAUGCACACAGGGGAGAAGCCUUACCACUGCUCCCAGUGUGGAAAGUGUUUCGCCUGGGCAUGGAAUCUGAAACAGCACGAGAGAAUACACACAGGGGAGAAGCCUUACCAAUGCUCCCAGUGUGGAAAGUUUUUAGUCUCGGCAAGGUAUCUGAAACAGCACGAGAGAAUACACACAGGGGAGAAGCCUUACCACUGCUCCCAGUGUGGCAAGUGUUUCGCCGGGGCAGGGGAUCUGAAAAAACACGAAAGAAUACAUACAGGAGAGAAGCCUUACCACUGCUCCCACUGUGGCAAGUGUUUUAACCAGUUAGGGGCCUUGAAACAGCACGAGAGAAUACACACAGGGGAGAAGCCUGCUCCCAGUGUGGCAAGUGUUUUAACCAGUUAGGGUCCCUGAAACAGCACCAGAUAAUACACACAGGGGAGAUGCAUUACCACUCCUCCCAGGAUGCAAAGCUUUUGCCCAUUUUGGAAGCCUGAAAGAACAUGAGACACAGAGGAGAAGGCUUACAGAAGGUUCGAUUUUGGGAAAACAUAUUACUCAUAACAGUCACUUAAACGUCAUUAGAGAAUCCACACAGGAGAGAGAAAUUACUUCUCUUAGCAUGUAUAUUGAUAUUUCACAUCUCAUUGACUCACAACUCAUCAGAGAACAUACACAGUGCUCCCAUUGUCUUAUAUUGUUGACUGAUAAUGUGUUUACCUGUUUUUACCAGAUGAAAUUGCUUCUUCCAAUUAUUGAUAAACAUGUACCUGUUUAGAAACUGACUGUUAACUGUUAAGGCUCUGUGGAUUGAUGAGGAAUUUAAAAACUGUAUGUUUGAAAGAGUUGGGGCCAAAGGAGUGGCUAAUAAGUCUGGCUGCACAUCUGGCUGGCUCUCGUACUGCAAAUUGAGAAAUUAUGUGACCAAACUCAACAAAAAUAAUCAACUUUAUUAAGAAGCCAAGAUCAAUGAUAUAAAGAAUGAUG